GUCAAACGUGACGUCACGCGUUGACGUCUUCGUCAAGCGAUGAUGUCACUUGUCAUGUGAUGCCUCUUGGAGGAGCAGCACAGUGUGUACGUCCGGCUUUUUUUCUCUGUCUCCGGGAUCGGCCCCCAUUAUUGUGUGAGCAACAGGUACGCGGACACCAGAAAUACCGUCCAACUAGAGGCUAGCAGCUUCGCUGUAAAACCAGGUUGCUCCGUCGAGAUCGUUCGUAUAUCGCGUACACGCUACUGUGGCGUUCUUUGCAGUCAGGUAAGCGUCCGUUGCCACUGUAGACAAGAAAUUACUGGCGUCUUUUUUUUUUUUUUUUUAGAAUUUAACCACGCAUUGUCGGACGUUUUCUCCGGCUUCUGCCUGCGAAAUACCUCCAAGCGUACCGACUAACGACAGCCUUCGACGCCGAGGUCGAGAUGGCGCCACAGCCGCUGAAGCCGCAUAUUCUGCAACUUGACCUCGGAGAUUGACGACAGGCUCGGCGUGCCGGCAGUCUCGGGCGCACCUAAGCAAUCCCCACGACUCGAAUGCGCCUGACUACGCUGCCGAAAAAAAAAAAAAAAAAAAAAAAAAAAAACCGCGCGCCGCUCGAACGCCUGCGCGCGCGCGUGGCGGUGACGAAAACGUGUGGGACAGAGAGAGUGGAACAGUAAUAAACAAAAGGAACAGGAAGAAGCACGACGCGGGCGUGUAGCCCAAGGGGCGAACGGGGGGAACCGAACGACCGUUCAACAGGAGCGAGGGUACGGGAAGAACCGGCUUCCCACACCCCGAAUCCGAGCGUCGUUUCUUUCUCGGUUCCUGCCGCGGCCACAUGGCAGGCUUGCCGUACGCGAUUCGCAGGCUUCCUGCGCCGGUGAAGGAAGGGAGGAGGACCAAAGACAGAGAGAGUGCGCGGCAGAGAGAGAGCGGCAUCCUCCUCGUUCCUUCGCUUCUGGCGUGCGCGAACGCGGGCGCGCCGCUGGGCUUCAAAGCUGCCUGCCUGCCUACCUGCUCGGCGGCAUUCCUACGCGCCGAGCGAAGCGGCGGCGUUUCGGCUCAAGCUCGCCAGGAGCCCAGCGGGCCUUUUUACCGCCCGAAGACAGAAGUGGUGGUUGCACCGCAUACGAAACGGCGCCUCAGCUGCGUUCCGGCCCCGUUUUGUUGCUUCUCGUUCUCAGGAACGUCAAGCUUCCACGCGACGACCGCGCUUCUGCUGCCGACGCGGGCCGAGUCGAGUCGAGCCUACGGGGCAAAUCUUUUGAUAGUGCGGAUAUACGGCGCGAGUGUUUGAGUGCCGAACGGAUUUGCCUCUUCGCUUCGAACGAACGGGAUGCACCGCAGCAUCGGGGGACGACACCGUGCUCGUGUCAGUAGCCAUCGGCCGGCGCCGAGCGACGACGUCCCGUCGUCGACACGUUCGCAAGGCUCGGCAGCGCACGCAACGACGGUGUGAGGAUCAACGGCGACGCCGUUCCGUUGCGAACGCCAAAGUGUCGGCAAUCGCUUCCUUUCGGAAGCAGUGCGAACAGUGAACCCGUAUCGAAGGAGCCGAGCGAACGCAGGCCCGAACCGGGAAGUUUCUCUUUUGACCGCGUCUUCUGGGCCCGCCCGCGCCUUGUAUCCAGUUCGAGCAACAGAUAUCAGGGUCAAACAGCCACCAUGGCUACGCGGUUGCCCUUCUUCGUGGCUGUGCUGCUCGUGCUGCUUGGCGGAGCGCUUCCCUAUCACACCGGAGCCCCGCAGGGCGCCUGCGACAGCAUGGUCCCGGGACACGGCGGCCCUUCGGAGACCGCGACCGACGCUUACAGGCUGACGGCCCAAAAGCAGCCCGACCAGAGCGUCAAAGUCACGCUGGUUGGCACCUUCAAGGGCUUCUUGAUCCAGGCGAGGAAGGCCGACGACGUUGACAGCCUCGUGCCGGGAAAGUUUGUCCCCGAGGGCAACGUCAGCCACACGGUUGACUGUGCGGGCGAGGACGCGACGGCGCUGACUCACAAGGACGGCCAGGUCAAGAGCCAGGUGACGACCACGUGGAUACCGCCGGCGAACUGGGAAGGCCAGGUGGUUUUCCGUGCUACGCUAGUGCAAGAUUACCAGCAUUACGUCGAACGUGUCCUUUCGGCGCCCGUCUCCAUUCAGAAGUCGUCUCUUGAAGCAGACAAAAAAGGGGAUGCGGUGAGCACCACUCCGGCGACGAGCGCGGCGGCGUACCCCGGCUGCGGCCAGACCAUGGGCUGCUUCGGCACCCCCAAGGGGUGCGUGUCCCGCGGAUCCUGCUCCCUGCUGCUCACGCACGUUGCCCGCGGCGACGGCGUCGACUUCGAGCUCACCGCGCCGGCCCGCCACGAGAACAUGUGGAUCGCCGCCGGCAUCUCCGAGACGCCCAGCAUGGACAUGGCCAGCGUGGUCGAGUGCCUGCGCCACAAUGGAGUGAUGUCGAUGCGCGAGUCUUGGAACAGUGACGGCAAGAAGAACAUACCGAUUGUCAAUCAAACUCCUGGUCUGACGUUCCUAAAGCGAGACUACAGCGAUGGCAUGCUUCGUUGCUCCUGGCACCGAGCUCACGUCACCAGCGUGCAGAAGACCACGUUCAACACCGCCACCAACAGCUACCACUUGCUCUUGGCAGCCGGCCAGUUUGAAGGAAACACCGAUGUUAAGAAAGAACACUACGAACGGGAUUACACCAAGACUCCUGUGAACCUGAAGGCUAUGCAGGUCGCUCUCGGCGGGGCAGGCUCCGACAUUUUCAUCAAACUUCACGGCUCACUGAUGAUUGUCGCCUGGGUGCUGCUUGUUAGUGUCGGCAUCCUCCUCGCCAGGCACUACAAGAACGUCUGGGAGGCCACCACCAUUUGCGGCGUCAAGCCAUGGUUUGCUUUCCACCGGGUCCUCAUGAUGCUUGCGGUGGCCAUGAUGAUUGCAGCCCUCGUGCUAAUCUUCUACAAGGUCGGCCAGUGGAGCGUUACUGAAAAUCCGCAUCCAAUUUUGGGCAUCGUGUGCUCAAUUUUAGGGAUUCUGCAGCCCAUCAUGGCGCUAUUCCGAUGCCACCCCCACGAAGAAAACAGGUAUAUCUUCAACUGGGCUCACUGGUUCAACGGCAACGCUGGCCAAAUAGUUGCAGUGGCCACCAUAUUCUUCGCCGCGGGUCUGGAGAAGGCACAGCUCAAGGGCGCCGACUGGUUCGUCUACAUAUUGGCAGCCUUCGUUGGCUUCCACGUACUGGUACACAUUGUGAUGCAGCUCCACUCUGCGCUCAUGUCCAAGAAAGAAGUUUCCAACGAUAUAAAGUUGCAAGACAGGACGCCCGGAAAUGGCGUUCACUCUGUGGAGCCAGGCCUUGAUAUGCAACCGCCAGCGACGGACGCACCGGGAGGCGGCUUCAGGCGCUUCAUGCUCGGAAUCUACCUGGUCGUCGCCAUACUCGUCGUAGCUGCUUUGGUCUCGACCAUCUGGUUCGCCACGGCUCCUUGAUGACGCCGUCGUGAUAGUGGCCUCAUGGAGUGAUGAGAGACGUGGUACACCAUCACUUCGUGUCACAGUGAGGACGCCCCCCUACCGAGUAGCCCCUCGGCGCAAACCUCAAGGCGCAUCAAAGAAGCUGGACCCACUUCAACGAUCUGUGGUCUUCUCGUUUGCGGACCAACUUGCGGACAGUUAUCGACCGAGCAGACGACUUUAUUUGCCGUCACUGGUUGUGCCUUCGCAAGUGAAAUGCGACGUCGGUCGGGUUCCUCGAAGACUUUGCUAAACAAAAAAUACCGAAACGUUGUUCAUUCAUCGCGAGGGUUUCGACGAAGCGGCGUAUAGCGUCGUGCCAGGAGGCUCGCACGAGGGCCUCGACGCCUGCCCGUUGUGGACAUGAAUAGUGCCAAUGCUUCGUCGAAGGAAGCUCUUCUCCUGAGUGUGCAUUUGUCUUUCCGAAGACUUCUGAACAGUUUUCUUGUACCGUCGUCUACGUUUUCCGGUGUGUGUUAUGGCGUUUUUUUUUUUCCUUUUAACCAAGUACGUGCUGUUCGGGUGAGCGAGGUCACCUACAUACGUUCGCUUUUUAGAAGCAGCUGACGCUUUCGUGCUUUGUCAGCGUUGAGAUUUAUAUAAGCGAUGGAGUUUGCUUUGUCAUUUUUUUUCUUUGCUUUGGAUGAUUUUUAACGUUUCUGACGCCUCGUCGAAGGCGUAAGAGCGGCAUGUUUAAUUUUUUUUCUCGCUUCUACCUCAUAUGAAAUGUCUGCAGGCAUAGUGCUUUAGCCAGCCUAACAAUUAUGUAGACCGUAAAUUACGUUAGUAAGCUUUGCUUCACAGUUAUUAGAUGCCGCCACGCAUAGCGUACUGUACAUAGGGAAGCAAACUUCUAUGAGACCUAUGUCAAUGCAAAUCGUGAUGUAAAUAAGCGAGUAAUAUAUUGUGUUAAUAAAUAGUUGUUUUCUUUUUUA